UACCGAUAAAACUUGCCCGCGUUCGAGAUAUAAUUCGCAAACGCACCGCGAUUAAUUCCAUCGCCUCGUCGAUCGCCAGGGGAGGGUUUCCUUGCCCUUUGUUACCGUGAAACAGAUCAUUACGUUAAUUACUACGGAUCUUUAAUCCUUCAUCCGUCAGCCUGCAGGACUUUUGUCGAACCGGUUUCACGAACUGGAGGCGAUGCUGGGACGAACGAACGGUAGUAACAAUCGGAUAAAAGGAGGAGGAGAUCCGUUAAAAUUGUUCGCACUGUGGAUGUCCCGCUCUGCCAUGAGGCCGGCCGAGGGCGACACAUCGGACUGCAUCCUGGUGGUUGGCAUAUCCAGACCGAAAAUGGCCGCUGCCUUCCUCACCGUUGUCCUACUCUCCCUCUUUCUGACCUUCCACAUUCUGUACGAUAGCGCGGUAUACAGUUUUCACGCAGCCUCCGCCGUCGAGGGUCGUACCGUCGAACUCGUCUCCCAAGUCCGCGCCACACCGCCUUUGCUCUUCUCCAGCAAGGUGCACUUCCCACGCACCAGCCGUCAUCUACCUCAGGCGAUCAUCAUCGGCGUACGGAAAUGCGGCACCAGGGCGCUCCUCGAGAUGCUCUUCCUUCACCCGCAAAUCCAGAAAGCCGCUGGCGAGGUACAUUUCUUCGACCGCGACGAUAAUUACGGGAAAGGCCUCGAGUGGUAUCGACGCAAGAUGCCUUAUUCCUUCAGGGGCCAAAUCACCAUCGAGAAAAGUCCCAGCUAUUUCGUCACGCCAGAGGUACCUGAAAGAAUCCGCGCGAUGAACGCGAGCGUGAAGCUGCUGCUGAUAGUGCGGGAACCAGUGACCAGAGCGAUAUCCGACUACACUCAGCUACGGACGCACGCCGCGACCGCUUCGACCCUGACGAAUGGAACACCACGAAGCAUCCAGCAACAGCAGGCGGCGCGUAGCUUCGAGGAACUGGUGAUACGACCGGACGGCAGCAUCAACGAGUCGUACAGGCCAGUAGCGAUUUCCCUGUACCACACGUACAUGCAUAGGUGGCUGGAGGUGUUCUCCAGGGAGCAGAUCCUCAUAGUGAACGGUGACCAAUUGAUCGAGGACCCGGUGCCUCAGUUGCGCAGGAUCGAGAAUUUCCUCGGAUUGGAGCCACGGAUCGGCAGGCACAAUUUCUACUUCAACCACACGAAAGGCUUCUACUGUCUGCGCAAUGAGACGUCGGAGAAAUGUCUGAAGGAGAGCAAAGGCAGACGACAUCCGCGCGUUAGUCCCGUGGUGGUCACCAAGCUAAGGAGGUUCUUCAACGAACACAAUCAACGAUUCUACGAGCUCGUAGGGGAAGAUCUCGGCUGGCCUGAGGAAUAGCCGUCGUAGAGAAGCGGUUCGAUCGCUGUGUCAUAGAUGCGGGUAGCCACGCGAGAAAGUCCAAAGUUCGCGAAGAAGCUGCUUUAUUUUUUCUAAACGUCGGAGUACGGCGCAGCUGGUACUGACGCGGUGCAAUUCUUUUUUUUUUUUCUUCUAGUUUCCGUCGAUCGAAUUUUAAGAAUGGAAAUCACGAAGAUCCCCUCGGCAUGGACGAGAUCUGAACGCGGAAAGAUUGUCCGCAAGCGGAACGAAGGAGCGGAUCAGCUACGGGGAACAGGUUGGUCCGAACUCGGCUGGUCCGAGAGAACUUCUUAACAAAGCGAACGCGAGCAAGGUUUCUGCGCUUGACGCGGUUAAGGGAAUCUUGUAAUUGCUACGGAGUACCUCGAAAAUCUUGAUCCACGGGGAUUACGUGAGGAAGUUGGUCGAAAUUAGCGGAAACAUCGUCCAGGGAACCGAGGGCAAAUUAAGCAACGCCAGCCCUGUGAAAGAAGACAACAGCGCGGAAUUGAACGGCGAAUCAAGCGAACAUUUCGUGCCACAAAGGACGAAGGCAUCUUCGUGAUUCGAAUUCAUUAAUGGGAAUAUUCGAGCUUUUGAAGACUAAUUAGGAUCGCCUUUGGUUCGAGAAAUUACGCAACAAAGUUACCUGCAUCGUUGUCGUCUCAUAUUACUUCGUUGGAUAUUUGAAAAUUCUUCGGGAGCAGCAGUUUCGCCUGGUGCUUCUCGUCGCGGGAAGAAUCGAGGCUGAUCAGGAUAAGUACCUUUUAUAUUUUAUGAUUAGCCGUAACAUCGAAAACGGGUAACGCGUCGAUGGUUAGAUAUAAUUCAGCGAUUUAGGAACUGUCGAUGUGCUCGAAUUCCAAGGAUCAGUAAUCGUAGAAAAACCGAAUAGAAAUCUUUCAUUUCGCACGGACGAUGAUACAAAAAUUCUAAUUUCUCCGGAAUAUUAUUGAAAGAAAAAAGUAUCCACGAAACACGUUUCUCGUUCGUCAAAGAUUUAAUACUCGGUUAUCGUCUUGUUAACAGCGCGAGAUGUAAUAAAAGGAGUUCCUUUUGUAGGGAAGAAAGGAGAGAGUGCGAUUCGUUUUCUGAAAAAAGUGCAACAGUUCCGUUGCCGUCUCUUCGAAGAGGAGGCCCGAGCACGCGAACUCGAGUGAACAUCGAAGAGCCCGUGGCAAUGAGUCAAGCCAUUAAAUCGAGUGCAUGCAAUUUAAUGGAUAUAUGCUCCGGCCAGGACUCUUCAUUAUUAUCGGAGAUCCUGAGCCCCUCUCGUGUUCGCGUUUCAGCCGUUCGUCCUUGCGUGCUAAUUGCUUCGAGUUGUCGCUUCGUAGCGCCGACGAGACCGAUUUCUGCAUCUCGAUCGAUGCUCCGUCGUAAAACAACUUUCAUUCUCGUACAGUGUUGCGGUUAACGCGUCGUUGAUACAAUAGAAACAUGGAUUAGGAAAAUACGAAGAUACAAGCAAAUUACGAACAGCUUUCGGAUCACGAAAUAGAUAUAAAAAAUCGAGUCUAUCUCAGGGAAUCAGCUAAUUAUUCGAACUGCGUCGUAUGUUCCCGACAAUAGCCACCACUCACCGAAGACAGAAAUAUCCGUAAUUUUUAUCGAACAAGAUAAAAGGCUUCGUUCAGUGUGAACUACCUACGAUCGUUCAACGAUACCUAACGCACAUACAAUUUAAUUCGCCAACGAUAAACGAACAUGCAACGCAGUCUGAAACUUCAUAUUUAUUUCCAUGAUAUAAAAUGCCCGAACUCUUCGCGCUAUAUACCGUGCGAAUUUGCUUAACGCGUCUAUCGACGAAUUAUAUUUAUUACGAAACAAUUUAUUAUAAAAGAAAUAUAAACGAGAUACAAAACGUAGUUAGAGAAGCGUGCAACUUGGAAAUAUGGAACGUUAGAGACAUUUGUAAUAAAAGAAGCUCGUAGAAAAUUGACUCGCGCCAAGUCAGUUUAACAACGCGUGAUCCGAUAGGCAUCCGAUUAACUGGACGGCCGAAGAUGAUCGGCAGGCGUGGAAUUGAUUAAACGUUCGUCGUGGAAAGGGUAACGAGAUGAUCGAGGCGGACGAAGAAAAUUAGCCAGGCAGCGCGUGCGAAAUCGAUCGGGCAACGUCUGGCCGUGUGAAAGGUGGGCAAAUCGUCGGCAGAAAUAUCAGGGGUUGAAUAGCGUGGAACAUCGGGCAGCGAUCCUCGAUAUCAGUCACGGCCGCGUGUAUCCCAGAGGAGCGGCCUAUCGCAACCGAAACGUGCAAGAGUAGAUUCCGGAUGGGUCGUUACUCAGAGGGGCUGGAUAUCUGUCCGUCGAUUCUCGGUGGCGAACGAACGAAUUCGAGCACAUUGUACCUGGUGGCGCGGCUCUGCUCGACUCGGCUCGGCUUGGCGCGCCCGUCUAUUUGGGUCGAUCGAUCUCCGGUAAGAGAGCAGAAUGAUCCAUCGAUGCUGUUACCCGUUCCUCCGCGUGGCUGCGCGCAAGACCGCACGUCUUGUUCCAUCGUACAUUUACCUGCAUACACUCGCACACAUAUGUAUCGUACACGUACACGUACAGGAAAAGGAAACUCGCGCUCGCGUACACUCACACACACACACAUACGUACGUAGGUACGUGUUUACGUGCAUAGGUAACCAGAGACAACGGAGACGGACAGACGAACGGGACGGACAGACACUGUUCACAGGAAGUAACGCCGGCCAAAAUAAAAUAGAGACGAGAGUCCGAUGGAACGAUCGGUUUCAGGAGGAUAAACCUCCUGAAGCUUCAGCGACUCGUUUCGCGGGCCCCGUCGCCAUGGAUCACAUUGGUCCGUGAGUUUACAUAUCAUAUAGGGUUAACUAGUUGAUAUUACAGAAGAUUUAAUAUUUUUAUAAUCCACAUUGGAAGUUGUUAUAUCGAGUCGUUAAGCUUAUUGUGUACAGGAGGAGAGCCACCCGUCUGCAUAGGAACAAUGGGAUUUUAGAGAAGAAAGAGAGCUCUCUGUGAUCUUGGGUUUCGUCGCUCCGUCUAAUCUGUUAAUCGAUCGCGUUCGUUUCAUGUAUCGCGAGGCAGGAUAUCGUAGUUUUCUUUCGCCGCGCGCUGUGCACGACUCGCCGAAUGAAUUAGGGGGAUGAAAGGAGGAUCGUUUGGCGAGUGGCGUCGAGCCGUUCUGCUUCAGCAGCCAGAAAGGCUUCAACGGGAGGAGGAGUUGGUUAAAGCUGUAAUUUUUUAUACGUGUUACUAUUAUACCGUGAAAUGUUGGCGAAUUUCAUUCGUAGCGCGAUGCAACCAUAUCAUUUUUAUUACUAUUUGACGUAGUAAGAUACAUUAGGUCGGAAUAAACAAAAGUUAAACUGCACAUAUCGUUAGAAUUAAGAAAUAAUUGGUAAUUACUAAUCGUCGAUGUUCGAAUUGGAUACUGAUUGCGAUGUUUAAACCGAUUAUUUAAGAAGUUUCGAUAAGAAAGAGUAAAUAGAAUAUUCUUAAGAUCGUAGAUCGAAGUUAUCUGUGAGGAAUUAUUAUUGCGCUUAAUUCAGUACCAGCGGUUCUUGAUCAUCGUCGUCAUAAGCUGGGACGAAAUAAAGUUUCGAACGAUUCAAAAUCGACACGAACUUGCGAAGCAAGCUUCGACGUUCAUUCGUAUCACUUUUUAUCAAUUUAUCAAUUGCAUAAGUUGAAGGGCAGUUAAUUUGACUAAAAGCUCGAAGCUCGAUAUAAAAUCACAGAGGGAAUUAAAAUUUGUAAAUUGAUCGACGUUUUCGUUGCUUCUACUUUUUCGAGUACCUACUCUUUACUUUAAUACGCGCACACGUAUAUUUGAUUUGUAUAAAAACUAGGACGUAAGCGCGAAACGAAUACAUAUCAGAAAAUUGUGAUAAGGAGACGUAUAUAUAAAUUUUUAUAAGGUAUAUGUUUAGGCGAUUUAUUAAAAUAAUCGUGGAGUUUGAAGAUGGAAAAAAUGAUCGUUAAUUGAAGAAAGAAUAGCGCGACAAAUUUUCAUAUCCUGUAUUUUUCGAGGAGACACGACAAAUUUAGUAUAUUUUUAACGUUCACCGAAUUAAAUAAUAGUCGUUAAAUCACUUUGAUUUGUAGAUACGAAAAGAUAUUAUUCUAUAAACAAUGAUUCAAAUAUUGAUACUUUUUAGUAUAUUUGUAACGUUCACUGAAUUAAAUAGUAAACGUUAAAUCAUGUUGAUUUAUGGAUACCGAAAUAUAUUACCCAGUGAACAAUGAUUCAAAUAUUGAUACUCGAAUUUAAUAACGCGAUAUAUACGUUUUACACUUAGACUGGCUGUUUUAUUCCCCUCGUUAUACAAUGGUACCAAAAAUCUCUUCAUUUUGUUUAUCUGAUCUUUUUUACGCUUCCUUAUGCGUGGAAUAUUAAACCAAAAUUAGAUGAUCUAAAGAAGACGAUCCUAAAUUUUGUUUAAAAUAUACAAAAAAUAUGAAAAGAAGCGACUUUUUCAUCUUAAGCCAUAUAAUUAUGAAGAAUUUUCCAGGGCUUAACAAUUAAAAGAGAAUUCAUCCUGGGAGUUUACCUCUUGCGAAUUCUUAUUUUAAAAUCUAAAUAGAACGAUCGAUCCGAAUCAUCGUAUCGUUGGUACGUGACGUCACGGAAGAAAAAUCCUGAAGGAAUCCGAGGAGUGCGUGUCACGGUUCACCUAAAAUUGAGCUAAAGCUAAACGAAAUCCUACGGAUAGCCUGUUGAUGUUCGUAUUCGUCGUAAUAAGGCUUGUAUCGCACACCCUAUGUAAACCUAUUCCAAUAUCCAAGGUUCCAGAUUGAAGCAAGGAUAUCAACAGCGGAGAAAAAGAGAAAAGGGAGCAGAGAAAUAGUAAGGGGCCCCUAUAUAUCACGUGAAGAUAAAAGUUCGCGAUAAAAUUGACCAUUUGUUUCUGAAGAAAAAAGAAGAGAGAACCCGGCGCGAAGAUUCCAUCGAUCGCUCCUGGGGACCCGUGACGCCUCGAUGAACGAACCUGGAAUGCGUAUAAUAGUCAGAGAAAAUUGCUCGGAAAUCUUUCAAUACGUUCUCUUCCGUGCUAUGUCGUCCACUGGCCAUUUGUACCGAAUUCGCGACAAAAAUAGAGAUCCCGUUAUACUUCGAAUUGGAUUUUUCGACAGUGAGAAACAAGAUUUCUCUGAACGCUGUGCAAUUUUAUAAAUUUCAGAUUUAUAACCCUUGACAAAAAGUACUUAUAUACGACUAGCCUUUUUGGAACAUCCUGUAUAUAUGUAGUUUUAUUAAAAACCAAAACGGUAGUAUUUAUAGUGGAAGUAAUCGUUUUGUUCGAUCAGAAACGUAUCGUACAAACGUAUUUCGAUAUAAAUUUUGCCCUCUUUUUUUUCUUUUUUUUUUUUGCUUUGCAAAGUAUGUUAUAUACCGAAAAAUUUGCAGGAAAUUUGCAAUUUAAAUCGAAAACACUUUUCACGGUGUCGUUCAUUAAAUCGCGUAUCUUUUUCGGCCCGGUGCACCGCGGUAUCGCGAAAUUACACGGAGAAACGAAAACUCGUUUCCAUUGAGUGAGCGGGCAAGGAAAGUUAACGGAGAAACCUUGGAAAAUCCACCGUUCGUCUCCGUUUCCAACGAACGCCGUAAAAGUCACGUUAUAAGAAGCUGCUAGUAAAAAAAAUGUUCGCUAACAGAAAUAUACGGGAUCGUUUCAAAAGAUAGCUUGUUAAGAAAUAAAUUGAUCUAUUCGCGUAUAGAUAUCCGCUGUUUUCUUUCAUAGGGCUUUUCUUUCAUUGUAAGAAGCAAGUUUCCACGUAAAGAUAUCGAUGAUAUUCUUACAACGUAUCGUUUCUGUAACAUAUAUAAAUGACAGGGGUAUUCUUUGAUAUUUCAAUUACCGUACCCAUAGUGCAGUUUUGAGUGAUACGAAGAACGAUAGUGAUCGAACGAUACGAUAGUUAUGUAGACAAGGGUAUCAGAAAUCGCGAAUGCUUUGCACGCUUCAAGUGUGACACUCGAUAUCGGAAAGCGUACUUUUCCUUCGGGAACAGGAACAGGAGAAGUGUCAAGGAAUUCGGUCAAUCGCGAAUAAACUUGUCACGGAAAGCUUAGGUGUUUGAUCAAGGUUUUAUCCUACGAGUAUCUUUGAAGCCUCCAGAAAUAUCACUAUAAUCGACGAAAAAUUCUCCGUUCUUGACCUUCUGACCUCCUUUAAACCUGAAAUUUUAAUAAAAGGAACAGGUUGGAAAAGAAGCGGAAAAAAAGUGGUAUCGGAUAUUGUUAUUGCUCUUUUUCCUUUUUUUUUUUUUUUGUUACUAGCCUUUAUUAUAAUCGAUCCGUUGCAUUCCUCGUCGCAUUUCGUUCUAGUCUAUAUCUCUGUACUAUGGAUAACAGCUUUAUUUUUUCUAACAAACAAUUCACCUAAAAAAAAUAUUUCGUCCCGAGCCUCUACGAUUUUUUAUAAAAUACGGUGUUUUCUAUUAAAUAUAUUAAAUUUAAUAUCGUAUCGUAUUUGUUAUCUUUUUAUUUAUUUUUAUUUACUCAGUGCGCUGUCCGUACACUACGUGUGUUUGUAUCUACGUUCUCGUCGCGUUUUGACGAAUACAUCUAUGAAACAUACAAAUAUUCCUAACUUACAAAUUAAAACCAUUUCAGCCAGUACAAAUUAAAUAUAUCUUAUCUAUAUAAAUUAAACUUAACUCUGUUCAGACUUUCCUUUUCUAUUUUACAUUUACGUCCUCUUCGUUACUAGCCUUUGUACUAACCACUGCCUCUAAUUUCGCCAUCGGACUUUUCAUAUCUUCUGCUAAUCUCACACUGUCUGUUAGCAUAUUUUCGAUUUUCCUUUUCAACUUCAGACUGGCGCCCAGCUUAUUCACCCAACCCCCGAGGUCUUCCGAUAACUUUCCUCUCAAACGCUACGUAACUCCAUACAUGCAUCAUUCUCUCUCUUCCUCUCUUUCGCUCUUUCUCUCUCUCUCUCUCUCUCUCUCACACACACAUAAUCUGCAUUCUUUUACUCCUAUUCCUCUCGUAUUCCUUACAUUGCCACAUCUUAAUCGUGCCCACUAUUCCUUGUCCUUACCUCCGAUAUUCUUCUUGAUCCAAUAGACUGCCAUACCCAGCUCCUCUUCCCUGAACUUGUAAGUAUCGCGAUAACUUGACCUGUCUAUCCUACUGCAACGUUCAUGCAUAUCUUACUGCACCUUCCUUCCUAUUGCAUUUUUCAGUUUCUGCUCUACCCUGCUGGUGCAUUGUAUUUGUUAGACGCAGCUUUAUUCUAGGCAACACUUUGGUUUGGAUACAAAAAUAACAGAGGAUUCUUGGUGAAUCUCUCAGAUAGCAAUUUCUUAUAAAGGUACACGCGCGACACCGUGGCAGAUACAAAACGGAAGUGGUACAACUUGAAGAGAAAAAUGGAAGUGAAGAAAAAAGAAAGAAGAAAGGAAAGAAACGAGAAGAAAUAAAGUCUGUGUGCAAGUUCGGCAUAGACGGUGAAUUCGAACGUGGUUUUUCACAAUACCGUAUCGUAUACUUCUUUAUCGUAUUGUGAUUUACGCCUGUUACGAUCUUGUUUGACUCAUGCGCGCGUUUCAUACGUUUAACCUGUACCUUAAUUUAUUCCUAUGCUCCCGCCGGUCGUAAUGGUUCGUAAUAGACGUAAAAGUUGCGUGCGUCAGGCUGUCAUUAAUCCUGAUUAUUCUCGAUCGCUUCACGGGUCACGCUUGCACGAUCAAUUCUUACAUUUUGUAAUUCUCCCUCGUAGCAUAUUUUUCCAAACGAUCGUCGAUGUAUAAAUACUGACUUUCGCGUACGUCUGUCGCCAUAAUAUACAAAUUCUCAUAUUUCUUCUUUGCUUUCUGUCAGAGCAAGCUAGCUAUUCUUUCGUACGACGAUUUCCCUAGCGACGCACUACGUGUAACUUGCCAUUCCUUGUCCGACGAGGAAGAUGUAUCGCGUCAAUAGCACCCAUGUUAUAUACUAGCCUAAUUAAUACUUAAUUAGAAUGUAUAUAGAGGAAGAUACGACAAGUGGUGUUGGACCAAUAUUGUAUUGCAACAGGACCACUACCUUCAUCUUAAAUCUUAAUUUACUAUCUAAAUGUAGUUAUAUUUUAAUUUAUUAUAUAUCUUCCAGUUCGUCUUGUCUCGUUGUUCCAACAGUAAGAUUUGCCUGCUAACGCGUUUCUAGGUAUAUUUCUAUACCAUAAUCCUGUACGCGAGCGUACGUUUCCUUAUUAAUGAUCCUCUAUGUUUGUGUCAGUCUUUGGUAUUUCGUUCCAGUUCUGGAUGUUGUUCUGUGGUUUCUCUAUUCGUCCAAGCUCCAGAAUACUCUCAACUUUAUGCUCCCCUUUAUGAAGUUUGCUAGUUGGCAUAUUAAUUUUUCGCUUUUCGUUGUUAUCAUUUCUGUUUAUUCCUCAUUUCUCAAAGUGAUUGGUCUGACUUCUGUGUAUACCGUGCAGCCAUUGAUCGAUUAUCGUUUCCCUAUUUCCUGUUUCCUCAAUUUCGCACAGUCGACGUAAUAGGUUCUCCUGUAUUUUAUACUUAAAUUCAUGUCCUAUCGUCGUUGUCCAACUCCGUUUACCAAUUAAUCUUACCCAUGCAAUAGUUUCUAUCGACAGUGGUUUAUUUAAUGUUAGGUAGUUCGUCGCUUGUCGAUGGCAUAUCCUGAAUUCUUUUGUCGUCACGGUGUAUAUCAAAUUUGAUAUUUUAAUAUAUUACAUUUCGUUAAAAUUGUUUCACGUUAAAUAAAAGCUCGAUAUCGUGUUUAUCAAAACGUGUAAAUAAAAUUGCAUUUAUUAAAAAGUCUAUAACGUCGAAAGUGGAAGCAAAAUAAAAUAAGUGAAAUAAUACAGUUCGAUUACAGUUUCUAAAGGUACACGUUAACUUGGCAUUCGUAUACACUGAUACGCUAUGGGUACAUAAAUUUCCACUUGAAAAAUUAAUAUUAAUUUACAACACGACGCAACAUUUUAUCGAAAAAGCAAUUUCAAAUUUCCUGCAAAAUUCUACUCGUCGUACUCGCGCUCGAUAUGCAAUUUUUUAAAACGUACAAUGAUUCUUCCUUGAAGGUUUAACGUUUCAUUAAAAAUACACUGUUAUUCCAUAAUUUAUUGGAAAACAGCGAAGUUUCUGAUAAUGGAUCUUAUCGUUUUCUACCGAAUAAUCAAUUUUUCCUGCCCAUCACAAUAUUUGUCAUAUUUUACGAACUCGUUUCAACAUGAAGUACGAAUUGAGAUUCUUUAAGUUCGACGCGGUCAUUAACAAAUACGAAAGCACGGAACUACGGCAAAUAAAUUAACAGAUACGAUGAAAUAACGAUCUAUCUUUGGAAAUUUACGUAUUUAUCAAGAUGAAAUAGCCUACUUCGUCACGUUUCGUUGGAAGUGAAAUGUUAUUCGAUAAAAUAAUUCAUCGACACCGAUAUGAUAAUGAUGAAAUCUCAUUUUCAAUAUGUUUCGCGUGAUUCUAACCGGUUCUUCCAAUUUUACUACUACAUUUCUACAUGGAAGUCACGAAAAAAAAAUUAAUUUGAAUAAAAUCAAUAGAGUUUCUUUCUCGAUAUCGUCUUGAAAGCUGUGCAAAAAAAAAAGAGGAACAGAGCAAAUACAGUUAGAAAGCUCGCCGUGAAACGAAUAUUUUUCAUCGCUGUUGUUUGUUUUUCAGUGGAACGACUGUUUAAUCUGAUGCAAAAGCAUCGGAACACCGCUAUUUACUCGCGAUAACAUCGUUAUAAAUAUUGUUGGUCAAUGGUGAAACAUUUCGAUCCAGAUUCUGCGGCGUAAGAGAGUAUUUCAUAAAUUUCAUAAACGUGAUAUACAUCGUAGGAUCUUAUGCUACAAUUAAUUUA